AUGAAAUGCAUGUAAAAUAAAAUAAAAUUGUAUCAACAGGUAGCGGUUCAAAAAUACGUUUGUAAUAUUGUUUAUAUCGUUGUCAAUUGAAAAUGAAGGAGGACGAAGAUGAUACAUUUGUUAGAGAAUUAGAAUUAGAGAGCUGUAAUGUCACUCUGAAGUUUUUUCAAAAAAAAGUUGGUGAUGUCAGUUGCGUCAUUUGGGAUGCAGCAUUGGUACUUGCUAAGUACUUGGACUUAAUUAGUCAAAACAGUAAAUGGCUGCAAGGGAAACAAGUUUUAGAACUUGGAGCAGGUUUAGGAUGCGCUGGUCUCACUGCAUCGUGCUUAGGGGCACAUGUCGUUCUGACCGAUUUGGAAAGUGUCGUACCCAUGUUAAAGAAAAACAUUAUUGCUAAUGAAAAGCAAUGGAGAGGGUCUGGUGGAACUGCCAAAGCUCAAAUAUUGGAGUGGGGAAAGAAAAUUGAUUUGGAUUUUAAGCCUGAAAUAGUUCUCUUAACUGAUUGUAUAUACUACGAGGAGUCGAUAAAACCACUUUUGGAUACCUUAGAAAAUUUAUGCAAUAGCGACAAUGGAACGUAUGCAAUUUUAUCGCAAGAAGAAAGAGAAACACCAAAACAAAUUGCUAUUUGGAAGGAUUUUUUAACAGAAUUGAAUAAUAGAUUUAAGGUUAAAAUUAUUCCAAUAUCCGAGCAGCAUCCAACAUUUUCAAACUUCGAUAUUCACUUGAUGAAGAUUUUUAAGAUGUAAAUUUUAAUUUAAACC